CCGUCAGUGUUAGUGACAGAGUCAGUGCGGGUCUGGGCCGGCAGUUCUACAGUACUGAGGUGUCGGCAGGAUCCCGGGGACAGUUUAUUGUUACUCACAUGGAAGGUGCUGCUACUGGAUAACUCUCACUGUACCCUGCAACUGAAUUGGGAAAACCUGACCAACCACAACAACUGCAGUGAGAGGAUGAGGCCAGAGAAUACGUCCCUCAGGAUAGAGAAUACGGCAGUAACAGACCAAGGCACCUACACCUGUGAGAUUGCAAAUUCCCUUGGGACCUUCUUCACCUCUGUUUUAUUAGAGGUUUUAGUUGAGCCUUCAGUGACGUUGGAGCUAAACAAGCUUGGGGUUCCUGAGUGCCGGGCACAUGGGGGGAACCCAGCGGCAAAUAUCUCAUGGAUCCCAGAAGGUUCCAUCAGUACAAACAGAGCAAUGGAGCCAGAUAGGAGCUGGACAGUUAGCAGCACUUACACUGCAACCAGCAGCAAUGUCACCCAAGUGACUUGUAUAGUGUCCCACCCCACAUUCCCACAGCCUCACAGCUCCUCCAUCAGCACCGCCGGCUCCGGUCGGAUAUUGUGGGUGAGAGUCACAGUCUCCAUCAUUGUGGUUAUUAUGGGAUUGUUCCUCAUUGUGAUGCUGUUCAGUUCCUACGGCCAAUCGUGGGCGCAGGGCUGCCUUAGAGAGGUGAAAAUGCCAGAACCGCAGGGAGAGGAAAAGGAGGAGGAUGAGGAUGAAGAAGAAGCAGAAUGGAGUCACACUCAAGUGGCAGCAAAAUUGAAGGCUUUAGAGCAAAGAGUCUCAGCCCUAGAGAAGCAGAACCAGCCGUAAUUUUCUUUUUAGCUUUUUUAAAAAAAAUUUCACAACAAAGUUAUUAAAAAAAUCUGCAACGAGUUGUUGGUUCUCUC